AUUGGUAAAAAAAUUCCACUUAAUUGCUAGUGCCAUACCUAUUGACAGACGAGUGCCAUACUCAACGUCAUAGUAUCGUGCAGUUCCGCGACGUUCCAAGCGCGCUGUCUAGGUGCCGUGCGUGCAACGACCGGCGAGAACGAAGCCUCUAGACACGACCCAGAGACCUUCUGCAGUCGCCAUGGCGUCCGCUGACUGCCUGGAUGCCUGGGACGAUUGCUUUAACUUCUUUAAAGGCAAGAGUCCGUACCACACGACAAGACAUACCAAGCUCUCACACUUCUCGCGGAAUCAGCGCGUCGGAUGGAAGCUCAUGGGCGCACUCGGCAUUUUUACGUGCAGUGUCUUCUUCCAGUGCUUGUGCUUGGCAUGGGAGGGCUAUUUCAGUGACGGCAGAGAGAAAACACCUCCACUAAUGCUAUUCGGCCCGAUGUCGGCAUUAUAUUCCGUCAUCGCGAUGUGGAUUGCGGCUGUGCAUCUGUACCAACCAACGUUUAACGGGCCUCGAAUUCUACUGCACUACCGACGACCAUCGGCGUGCUCUUGGGAGAUCCUGGACUGGGUCUUCUUCGAAGGUUCCACCACCUCCACCGUCGUGUCUUUCAUCUUCUUCUGGGUGGUGACACUACCAUACUCGGACAUUUCAUUGCCGGGUCUGCACGUAUUUGGCGCCGUGACGCAGCUCGUUAUCGUAGGAGUGGAUUUCUACUUCACAGCGCCAUUGUUCAAGGCCAACCACGUGUUCCUGGUGCUCAUGUGGCCGGUCUUCUGGAUCUUUAUCCAGUACUUGUGGGUCAUUAGCGGGCACCAACCCAGCAAUGAUCUCUUCAACUUCCACUCAACGGCGUCGCCCGUGGCCGCCCUCAUGCUGUUCUUGGGCACCGCCGUUGUCUUCUACAUCUUGCUCUGGUACUCGCGCCAUCUACAGCGCGUCUCUGACAAGACUACCGAGACUGCAGUCGACACGGGAGGCAUGGAUUCGGACGAGAGCUCGAGCAUCCUGACGCCAACGGGGUGCGAGAACGCCAGCACAGCCCCGUUCGAGCUGGUCAUCGAGAACUCGACAAUCAACCGCUCGCUCUUCGACUCCAAAUCCUUCAGGGAUUCCUCCCCCGAUCUCCACAAGCCGCAGCCCAGAUAAAGCGUUGAUGUAUCCAUUAGUAAGUAAAGAGCCGUACAUUCCUUAUUGGCGCCUUCGCGACCGUGACUUCCAGCCGUAUUUUAUUACUCAACGACAACGAACUUGUAGAACUUUCGAUGAAAAUAUCGCUUGCCGUUGGAUGGCAUUCAGACGAA